AUGGAAGCCAAAAGCCGAUGCCAGAGUUUCGCAUUCAUUUUCCCAUUGGCCUCUGGUCACAUCAACCCAUCUCUACCCAUCGCCAGAUCCUUGGUGCGAGAGGGAAAUGAGGUCCACUAUCUCUGCCGUGAACAGAUGCGUGAGGCAGUAGAAGAUACGGGUGCUGUGUACCACAGCGACAUUGAAGCUCAACCAGAGCUGUUUGUAGGGAGAGAUCCGUCCAUGUACGGUGCUCUCGGCUCCUUGCAGGAGGAGCAUGGCAUGAAAGGCGAAAGCCUUACCAGGGCGAGAUUAAAGUUACGGGAGGUGGCCGUAGAACUGAUGCUACCGGGCACCCUGCGAUGGCUUCAGAAAAUCAAGGCUCGGGCGGUGUUGCACUGUCCGAUGAUCAAUUUGGAGGCCGCAGUGGCAGCCAAAGUGGCAGGUAUCCCCUGCGCGGCUCUGUUGACAGUGGCCGGACCUGGUGGAUAUCAAUUAGCUUGGAGCAACCUGCUGCAGUCUUUGAACACUACAGCUGAGGAAGUGUUCCAAGAGAGGUGCCAGUUUCAAGGACUCCAUGACUGCUUAGAACGUUUGAGAAAGACUUACGGCCUGAAGCUCACGGCGGAAGAUGGGGUGAAGCCUUUUGGGGUUUUGAGAAGCUGCUUGCUGUCUGCUGUAACGUUGGUGACUACAGCAGAAUUCUUGGCCGAUCCCAUGUCCCCAGAGGUGUCUGAAGCAUAUGCUGGUCAUGACUUUGUGUACCUUGGUCCCUUGCUGGACAAACCAGGUGCGAAACGUGCAGGUGGUCACAAAUUUGAUGUAUCUGAUCAUGGAGGUGAUCAUUCUGACAUGACAGCCCUGAACUUGGCCCGUGAUGCGAGGGCAGAAGGUCGGCCAGUGGUCUUGGUGAGUCUUGGAACCAUCAUCACAGGUGAUCAUUCCGACUACGGCUGGGAUGCUCGCAGCAUUGUCGACGGGCAAAAGGUUGGCAUAUCUGGGCGGGAACUUUGCCACGCAGCAUGGCAGGCGGCCUUUGAUGUCUUCGGCGAAUCAACGCAGGAUGGGCACAGCUGCCUAUUCUGCUGCGGCAGCAGCUGCUCAACAGGACAGCAGCCAUUGAUUCUGGUGGCGCUUGGUCCUCAAGCAGAUGCCCUGGAGGGACUGGAGGUACCCAAGAAUGCCUUCUGUGCCCAGACCCUUCCGCAGGUGGAUUUGCUGAGACUUGGAGUGGAUGUUUUCCUCACCCAUGGAGGGCAGAAUAGCUUCAUGGAAGCCUUGUCCAUGGGAGUUCCCCUUGUGGUCUGUCCAGGGUUUGCUGACCAGCCGGUGAAUGCGGCGAAAGCAGAGUCCUUGCAGAUUGGGUUGAAAGUGGAUCGGCCCAUGCGGCCCUUGGAGCAUGCUGACGCAGACAUAGCUGCGUACAGGAGAACCACUGCCGAUGCCCUAGCAAGAGUGGCGAAGAAUCUAAACUUCAAAGAAAAUGCCAUGAAGUGCAAACAGGCCUUCAGUGCUUCCGGAGGGGUAAGCCUGGCGACAAGAGUUCUGCUGGGCUUAGCAAAUUCAAAUCUGCCGCGCCAAGCGAAACUGGCCGGUGCGAAACUGGCCGGUGCUUAGGCUUAGUGAUGCUUAGCGGUGCUUAUAGCACUUUGCAUGAGAUUAAUUACCUUUCAAUAGCUGUCAUGGACACGAGCCUAGGGGCCCAGCCUGGGCGAUGAGAAGCUUUGACUUAGUGUCGACUUCUUUCGCCAGUAACAGCUUGAUGCAGCUUGUACAGGGCUGGGUGCGUGCUUUAGCACAGAGCUGCUGUGACGUGAUGUGUAGAGACAGUUCGAUUUUCGAGCAACUUGCAGCUGAUUUUGAAACACCAACCCUCGAGGCCAAAUUUAAUACAUGACUUCCAUCAGAGAGG